GAGAUCGUGCCAUUGCACUCCAGCCUGGGCAACAACAGUGAAACUCCGCCUAAAAAAAAAUAAAAGAACCAUACAUUCCACGAGUUAAUGGUGUCACUAUCACCGCUUCUUCUAUAUCAAUAAUUUUGCCUUAAUCUUCUCAUUUACUACUUCACAAAAAAGGACCUUAAAAAAACUAGUCUUCUCUGCCUUCCCCUGCUUUUUUAUUGGUGUUGUCAAAGUUGCAGAAACUGAGAUCACAGAGGAAACGGGACGUAGCAAGGAUCACACAGUCAGCCAGAGUCGGGACUAAAUCCAAGCCCCUGAGUCUGAGGCAGUAGAGAAUAGUGAUUCUGAGCAGAGAGGGGCCAAGGCCAGGUUACCCCAGCUCUGCCACUUAGCUGCUUGACCUUGGGCAAGCCAUUUAACCUCUCCAUGCCUCACCCCUCCCCUGAAAAUGGGGAUGAUAUGGGUAUCUCUUUCCUAGAGCUGCUGUGAGUGUUAAAUAACCCAAUAUUCGUGAAGCACUUUGCGCAGAGGCUGGCACAUUCUGUACUAAGUCUGCUGUGAUGAUUUCUACUUCGCCCUGGUCUGCACGUCUUCUUGCUUUCAGAAACAUCUUCCUUCUGCUUCUUAAUUCCCGUUCUCCUUAGCAUGCCUCUCAUUUGUCCAUCUUUAAUCCCUGUCUCUGCUUCUCAGGAGGGGAGGGUUGGGUUUGGGGAGAAAGAAAGAGUGAGUGACUAUAAAGACUGGAACUUGCUUGACAGCCAGGGAGUGCCUGCCAUGGUAACACACAAACAUGUAGCCUGUGCAUGUUAGCGUAACAAUCACAUGGCAUCCAUGCUAGUCAGUUACACACAGUCACUCAACAGUCUCUGGGUAUCUCAUGCCCACACUCAAUCAGCCCAGGUCGCCUGGGGCUUCAGAAAUAUCUUGGCCCCUGGUCAGGUGGAGCUCAUACCCAAAUCCAUCCCAAGUAAGUCUCUCUCUGUCUGGCCAGCUUGUGUCUCCAACUCCCUCAGAGCCUGGUUUGGCCUUGGAAUUUUUCAGCCCAGGAAGCCUGAGUGAAGUGGGCGCCUUCGGGGGAUUUUGAUCCAGAACCAUUCAGGAGAGACUGUGAUGGUAGACCCCCUACACACAAACACACACAGGCACACCUGUGCGCAUGAGCAGAUAGGCUUGAGUCUGCAGCUCACAAACUUAUUCCACGUUCCCGAUUGCCCACCUCAUCCAAAGUCUCUUGAGGUGCUUAGAGAAAGGAUUGAUACCUAUUUUACCGAGGAAGCUGAGGUCAGCGAAGAAUAGUGCUUUGCUUAAAGGCAAGGAUGCGAUAGAGCCGAACAAAUGUAGGGCCCUUGCGUCCCAGCCUCGAAUCUUUCUGUUUCACCGCAGCUGCGAGCUGCGAGCCCAGAAGGUGGCUCAGAUCAACGUGGGCUGAAUUCACGCCCCCCACUCACCCUACCCAAUCCCGCCAAAGCCAUUGCCUCCCCUUUGGCGGCCACUGGGGUAAAGGGAGAGAACUGCCAUAGCUUGUCCCUUUAAUGCGCGCCCCCGGAGGCCCGGCGCGCCCCCGCCACUAUAACUGGAGUGCAUGGAGCAGGCUACGCUCAGAGGAGGAAGGGCGGGCGCUGGGCACCCGUUGACCGACUUUUCCAAGUGCGAUCAGUGCCCGUCCGUCCUGCCUCCAUGGACCCGCACCGGAACGGCCACCGCUGAGGACCCCACGCACACUAGGAUCCCGGCUGGGUCGCACCCGGCUACCGCACCGUGACCCCCGCCGGCUGUGCGGGCUCCCCGCGCCUCUACCCGCAGCGCUCGCCGUCGGGCUAGGGCUCGGCUACCGCCACGCCUCGCGCCCCGCACUCACCACCCCAUGCUGGUGCACACCUACUCUGCCAUGGUGAGUAGUCUCGGGCCCGGGACAUACUCGGCCGGGGGAUCGGGGCGCCUGAGUGCUGGACUUUCCAACCCUCCUGCCCCGCGCCAACGAAAUCUCAGAGGGAGGGGGCCGUAGGGACUCCGUCAGCUGAGAACGCUAUGCGCAAGUGACCGCUGUCCCCAGCCUGAGGCUCCUGCGCUCGCGGGUGGCUGGGAAAUAAACCUCCGGCCCUAGGAAGCGGGAGGGACGGCGGCUGGACCCUCCCGAGCUGAGGAGGAGCCUUGCGGGCUGGGGUCCUUUCAGCUGCCAGUGGAUCACCUAACGCACACCUCUCCUUCCUCAGGAGCGCCCCGACGCGCUGGGCGCAGCGGCCGGCGGGGCCCGCCUGUCGUCUCUGCCCCAGGCGGCCUACGGGCCGGCGCCCCCGCUCUGCCACACGCCAGCCGCCGCAGCUGCCGCCGACUUCCAGCCGCCCUACUUCCCGCCGCCCUACCCGCAGCCACCGCUGCCCUACGGUCAGGCGCCCGACGCAGCCGCAGCCUUUCCCCACCUGGCAGGGGACCCGUAUGGCGGCCUGGCACCCCUGGCGCAGCCGCAGCCUCCUCAGGCCGCUUGGACAGCGCCCCGCGCAGCCGCCCGCGCCCACGAGGAGCCACCCGGCUUGCUGGCACCGCCCGCCCGCGCCCUGGGCCUUGACCCGCGCCGUGACUACGCCGCCGCUGUGCCCCGGCUCCUGCACAGCCUGGUUGACGGCGCGCACGGCCUGGCAGACGCGCCGCUCGGCCUUCCGGGGCUGGCGGCGGCCCCCGGUCUGGAGGACCUGCAGGCGACGGAUGAGCUGGGAAUGAGCCUUCUAGACCAGUCCGUGAUCAAGAAAGUGCCCAUCCCCUCCAAAGCUAGCAGCCUCUCAGCCCUCUCCUUGGCCAAAGACAGCCUGGUGGGCGGCAUCACGAAUCCUGGUGAGGUCUUCUGCUCUGUGCCCGGCCGGCUUUCACUGCUCAGCUCAACGUCCAAGUACAAAGUGACGGUGGGGGAGGUGCAGCGGCGACUCUCACCUCCUGAGUGCCUCAACGCCUCCCUCCUGGGGGGUGUCCUCCGCAGGGCCAAGUCCAAAAAUGGGGGCCGGUGUUUGCGGGAACGGUUAGAGAAGAUUGGACUCAACCUGCCAGCUGGCCGUCGCAAGGCUGCCAACGUGACGCUGCUGACUUCGCUAGUGGAAGGAGAGGCCGUGCACCUGGCCCGAGACUUCGGUUACGUCUGUGAGACGGAGUUCCCAGCUAAGGCAGCCGCCGAGUACCUGUGCCGACAGCAUGCUGACCCGGGGGAGCUGCACAGCCGCAAGAGCAUGCUGCUGGCCGCCAAGCAGAUCUGCAAGGAGUUUGCAGACUUGAUGGCUCAGGACCGCUCACCGCUGGGCAACAGCCGCCCGGCACUCAUCCUGGAGCCCGGAGUGCAGAGCUGCUUGACACACUUUAGCCUCAUCACCCAUGGCUUCGGUGGGCCUGCCAUCUGUGCUGCCCUCACUGCCUUCCAGAACUACUUGUUGGAGUCACUCAAGGGGCUGGACAAGAUGUUUCUAAGCAGUGUGGGCAGUGGGCACGGUGAAACCAAGGCUUCGGAGAAAGAUGCCAAGCAUCGGAAAUAACUGCUUCUCCCACCCCAUCCCUAAGGGGCUCCCAGGCCCUGAAACAGGCACUUAGCUCCUGGGGGUGGGCCUGAAAGGACUGAAAGGUGGGAUUAGAGUCAGGCCAGAAAGAGAACAUUCAUCCAGAGAUCCCAGAGUCGGGGAUCUGGCUUGGAGUAAGGGAGGGUGGCCUCUCUGUGGUGGUGUGUUGCUAAGGGCCCAGGUAUUUGUCUCAUGUGUGCAAUUUUCUGACCUUUGAUGGUUGAGAAGGGUUUGAACAGAAAAUUGACAUGAAAAGGUCUGGCUCAUGGGGCAGAGCCCUUUCCAUUAGGGUGCCUGGGUGGCCGUGGGUGCUUCUAGAGGCCAAAGCCUUUGUGUUUUUCACUGGUGGCAGAAGGGAAAUUGAUAAAUCAGAGGUGCUACUGAGGAGUUGGUGCCCCUCAUUCCAGAGUCUCCUACCCCCAGAAAAGGGGUGCUGGAAGGAGGAGGCCCCAGUGGACUCUUUGUACCCCUCCUACUCUUGGAAAGAAGUGGGCAGGAGGGGUCCUCAAGGAACAAAGAAGAUAAAGCACAAAUUGCAGAACUUGAAUCCAGGCUGCUCAUCACAGUCCUGUUGCUGUCUGUCCUAUUUAUUUAUGUAUGUUGUAAUUAAAUUUGAAAUUUAAAAAUGUCCAGUGCAACUUACUUAUCCCAGUGAGUUGGGGAUUCAUUUCACUGUUUUCUGGCCAUGCACUGAUAUGGCCAGCUGGACCAGAAGGGAGAGGGUGUUUUUGCUCACAAAGGGCUGUGGGUGGGUUGGGAGGGAAGAAAGGUGUGUCAGGUGCCCUGUGGUUGUCGCUGGGAUCUUGUAUUUGUGGUUCUUUUGCCCCUGCAGUUGAUGUACCUCCCCAUCUCCCCAUCUCUCAUUCUCUUAAUAAAACCUUUCAUUGGAUAUGAA